AUGGCGAUUCAUCCGAAUGCCCCGAUCUUGUUGAAAGUGCGGCUGCGACUUCUGUUGUUUUUGGCUGGCGCCUGGAUGUUCGGCACUUUCCACGGCAUAGACUGCGGCUUGGGUGUUUUCGUUCCUGUUCUAGGCCGGAUAUGCAGCAGACGGGGCAGAACAGCUCUCAAGGCAGCGGCAGAAAGCAUUGAGGUUCCACCGUUGCGAUAUUUGGGAGAUCCGGACUUGAUGCAGCCCCAGCCAGAAGUGCAGGAAGCAGUCGAAGGAGACGAGAUACAAACUCGCUUGCAGAUCCUUCGGGAAGCUAUGGGUGUUUACGGUGGUAUCGGCAUUGCGGCUCCCCAAAUUGGAUGGUGGGUUCGCGCCAUGUGCUUCGGCAUCGAGGCCGGAAAUCCACGCUACGCAGCUGCACCCCCUGUGCCUUUCCAGUAUUGGAUCAACCCUGAAAUCACUUGGUCUAGUAAGAACACGAGCUGGAUGUGGGAAGGCUGCCUGUCUGUUCCAGGGAUGCGAGGCUGGGUCGAGCGACCCCGGGAGAUCCGCAUGAGGGGCAUCGACGAGCACGGCGAGGCCCGCGAAGUGCACCUCAAGGAUCUGCCGGCCCGCAUCGCGCAGCACGAGUUCGAUCACCUCGAUGGAGUCUUGUUCCCUCUGAGAGUCGAAAGCCCUAGGCUUUUGGUGCCACAAGCCGUUUUCGACAGCAAGGAGACCUGGGCCCAGAACUGGCCUACGCCGGGGAGUUACCUGACGAAGGCAGGAGAGCUCUCGCUAGAGAAGUGA